UAUCUGAUAAAAUUCAAAUUUAACAUGCAAAUAUAUGUGAUCAUGAUCUAAAGUCUAAACCGAAGCAAGGCAACUGAUGAUGUAUAAUGAAGCGACAAGCGCAUUCAUGGCUCUUGAGCGUAAACCCUAGUGAAGUUUAACCACCAGAAAAUGCCUUUCUAGAACUCGAUCAGGUGUGGACUGCUGCGAGAUGGAAUGGAGAACAGGAGUAGAUAUGAUGUACUUGUUUUUCCUGCCAAACUUGGUUCUUCUUUAAGACAAUUCAUGGAGAACCAUUUGUUGACUGAGCGACGGUUGCCAAACGAGUAUUUUUGUUGACUAACGAGAAAGCUCGACCAUUUUUUAGAACCUUUUGUAUUAACUGAAGUCAAGACGAUCACUCAAAGAAUAUAUCCUAAAAGGAAGAAAUUAGGUGGAUUUGUGGAAAUCAGAGUUGUUGUGUAACUCAAAACAAAGACAUGAAAGUGAUGAAUCAUUCCAACAACUAUGAUCAAGUGGUAAAGCUCCAGGUACUGUAUUCACGUUGGAAAAUAUAAUCCAGAAUCCCAAUCUCUCAUGCCUUUUAUUUUCCUACAUGCAUAAGUAAUUUUGUGCCCCCUACUCAUUGGAUUGUGCUACUGUUUACUGAUCUAGACAAAAUUCGAAGCACCAAAAGGAGGGAAUUGUUUCUUUGACGAAGGUACCCCGCAAUGUCAACUUGGAGAAGUUGCACAGUGGCUAUUUAUUUCCUGAGAUCUCGAUGCAUGAGAUUCGACACAUGGAGAAGUACCCAGGUGCAAAAGUGAUAAGCCUUGGAAUUGGUGAUACUACACAGCCUAUACCAGACAUGGUAGCAUUGAGCAUGGCUGAUUUUGCUCAUGCCCUUGCAACAGCUGAAGGUUAUAGAGGAUAUGGAGCUGAGCAAGGCAAUGAGGCAUUAAGGAAAUCAAUUGCACAGAAUUUCUACAAAGACCUACCUGUAAAAUACACAGAAGUUUUUGUAUCAGAUGGUUCGCAGUGUGACAUUACUCGCCUUCAGUUGCUUCUGGGGUCAAAUGUGACGAUAGCGGUACAGGAUCCAUCCUUUCCGGCUUACAUAGACUCAAGUGUCAUAUUAGGGCAGGCUGGUGAUUUGGAAGACCAAACUGGGAUGUAUCAGGAUAUUGAAUAUAUGAAAUGUGGGCCACAAAAUAACUUCUUUCCCGAGUUAAAAGAAACUUCAAGAACAGAUAUCAUCUUCUUUUGCUCUCCAAAUAAUCCCACAGGCCAUGCAGCGACAAGGCAGCAAUUAGAGCAAGUUGUGAAGUUUGCAAAGAAGAAUGGAUCGAUCAUAAUUUUUGAUUCUGCUUAUGCUGCUUAUAUCACAGAUGAUUCUGCACGAUCAAUUUUUGAAAUUCCUGGUGCCAGAGAGGUUGCAAUCGAAAUAUCAUCUUUCUCAAAAUUUGCUGGUUUUACUGGAGUUCGUCUUGGUUGGACGGUAAUACCUGAAGAACUCCAAUUUUCAAAUGGAUUUCCUGUCAUAAAAGACUUCAAUCGUAUUGUCUGCACUUGCUUUAAUGGUGCUUCGAAUAUAGCUCAGGCUGGUGGACUAGCAUGUCUCUCCUCAGAAGGCUUAAUGGCUGUGCGUGCCACUGUUGAUUACUACAAGGAGAAUGCAAAAAUAUUGGCCGACACAUUUGCUUCUCUUGGCCUAAAAGCUUAUGGUGGUAAAAAUGCUCCUUAUCUCUGGGUGCACUUUCCUGGUUUCGAUUCUUGGGAAGUAUUUGCUCAGAUUCUUGAGAACACUCAUAUUAUAACUGUGCCAGGCUGUGGAUUUGGUCCGGGUGGGGAAGAGUAUAUUAGAGUCAGUGCGUUUGGACACCGGGAAAGUAUAGUAGAAGCCUCGAGGAGGCUGAAAAAAUUUCUUUAAGGUGAAGGGAACAUUGUUCAUUCCUAUGGCUUAUCCAUCUUAAAACAAAAAACAAGGCGCGACCGCAGUUUUAAGAGAUUUUCAUCUAAAUGUUGCUGCCAUGUAGAACAAGGUUAUGCUAUGUGAGGCUAUAGUAGGCUUCUAAAUAACAUUAAACUGGUUUAAGGUUGGCGUGCAAUGCCUUUGUUUUGUUUUCUGAAACAAGUAUUGUUUGUGUAUGUAAGAAACACACACUUAUCGCGCGAGCACGCACACUAUCAUUAUUAUAUUCUC